AUGAGUAGUAAAUGUUUUAGUUCAAUACCCAAGGGUUUGAAAUCAACAAGACAAUUUUCAUACACUACAACAUGUCAAAGAUUUAGUAGGAAAGAAGCAAUGGAUAAAACAAGAUUAUUAAAAGAAUUUCGAGAUUUUUUAGGACCAAGAAGUAUAACAGGAGAUUAUCAUAAAAAUAAAUAUUAUUAUCCACCACAAAACAAUAAACCAAAUUAUAUAGUAAACGAUGGUAAACCAUUAGUUGGAGAAAAUAAAUUGAAUUUAACAAAUGCAAAUGGUAGACCUAAUAGAUUUGUAAAUGAUUCAUCAAGAGAUCCAUCACUUCAUCCAUUCCCAUUAAAUCUAUAUUCUAAAACUUCAUAUAUAAUAACGAAUGAAAUGAAACAAAAUAUAGUUGAUGAUGCAACCACAAAAGAACUACAUCCACAAGAAAUAGCUCAUAAAUAUGGUAUAAAUCUUCAAAGAGUUGAAGCUAUAAUAAAAUUAAAUUCAAUUGAAAAAGAUUUUAAACCAAAAGAUGAAAUUGCAGAAGAUCUUAAAUCAUAUGCUAAAGUAAUGAGACGUUUAUUCCCAAUAUUCAAAGGUGGUUACACAGCCGAUAAUUUAACAGAAAUUCCAACCCCACAUAAAACAUUAACAGAUAGAUUUUUAACAAUAGAAGAAAAUGAACCAUUUGGACCAAUUGAUGCAGCCAAAAUAUUAAAUCUUGAACCAGCUUCUAAAACUUUGAAAAAAUUAACAGAAUUUAAUUUAGAUGAAGCUCAAAAACAACAACAAAUAAUUGAUGAUCAAAAAAUUGAAGUUAUUUAUGGUAAAAAGAGAAAAGAUGAAAAUAAAUUAUUUAGAUUUACUAUGAAAAAUGUUGGAGAAUUUGGUCAUCGUUAUGGUGCUUCAAGAAGAGAUACAAAAUUAGAUAGAGCUGUUGGAUUUGAUGCUUCUGGUAAAAUGGUUUACUUACAUCCCGAUCAAUAA